AUGCCUUCCACAAAGAGCUCCAGUCACUGGACUCUGACCGAGUUACUGGGUCAGCGGAGGUUAUUGGGUCUUGGAGCUCUGCUGGCAUGGCUUGUCCUCUUUCACCUCCUUGUGAAUGUCUGGCUGCUUUGUGUCUUUACCAGCCUCCUGGUAGUUCUCGGGGGCUGGUUGGGGUCCCGUGCUGCCCUGGAUGCAAACAGCCUUCUCCACCUGGAGCACUUCCUACCUCUGGGUAAAGUCAACCCACCUCUGUGUUCACCUGAACAUGAGUGGAGGUUGAACCAUGAGAUCCACAGCGCUGUCCACAAAGCCGUGCGUGACUUUGUUUCCUCUUGGUACCGAACUCUCCUGCCUGAGGUGGAGGGGGAGUUUGAACGCGCGGUGCGUAAUUCGAUGCUGGAGUCUGUGAUGGAGCUGAAGGAGCGUGCACGGCACCUGGACAGGAAAGUGCUGGUUCAAAGACUUCUGGAGCUGUAUGGCUGUCACCUGCAGAGCUACAUGACAGCGAGACAGAUCCAGGCCUCUGAAAAAGAGCGAAUCAGCCUGUGGCGGCUCUACAGCGAGGUAGACUCCCCUCACCCAGCUGUGAGCAGUGCAGCGGCUGAACUCAGCUACUCCAGAGCUCUGGUAAACCUCGUCCUACAUGUGCUAGUUCCCUAUCCUCAGAUGGAAACAAGAACUGGGGGAUAUGUUGUUACAGAACUCAUCACGUGCAAUGUUCUGCUUCCCCUCAUAAGCAGGGUGUCUGAACCUGACUGGCUCAACCAAACCAUCGUAGACGUAAUCACCAGAUCUAGAGAACCGAAUAAUCAAUCGAUCAAUGUGGAUGAGCUCCCUGUAGAUGCUCUUUACAGGUGUCCCAUCCAGCGGGAGUCUUGGACCACAUGUAAAUCAGAGUCGUCUUCUGAUCAGGCUGGAUUUCCCAGCAGAAGUACCUCAGACUGUGAUGAUCAACAGAGCCAGAAAGAUUCCCCACAGGGCAGCAUGGUCAGCCUGCUGUCUGCAGGGAGACUAGAGGGAUGCCACCCAGGUUUGCUCUCACCGUGCAAAGUCAACUGCUGCUCUCUCACACCCGGCCAUUACUGUCGCUCAUCAGGGGCCAAAAUGACUUGUUUGGACCCGCUGAUUCGGUCCGACUCUGAAGAUGACCUCACUGGGGGCUUCUGUGACUGUGGUCCUCCGAAGAACUUCUGCACUCUGAAGGAUGACGAAGACUUCGGCUGCUUUGCUCCUCUGAAAAAUCUUGGGCCAAAAGUGGUGGUGCCUGAAGACUCUCUGUGGCCUGCUGGCAUGGCUCAGGAGAAAUCCCCAGUUUGUCCGCCUAGAAGACUUUGUCCAAGCCCCUGCAACUUUGACACGCUCAACAACCAGGCUGCCGCUUUGAACAUUCAGAACGUGCAGAUCUCUGGCACUGUCACUGCGAUGGAGCAGCGCGGCACAGGCACACACCCCUACACUCUCUACACCAUAAAGGUAACACCUCUUCCUUCUCCUUUUCAUGCAUCAUAUUCAAAAUAAAGAGAUUAAUUCUCACUUCUUUUUGUUAUAGUAUGAUACAGUUGGUGAAACAGAGACAGAUGGGGGUCUGCGGCCUGUGUCCUGUCACACUGUCAACAGGAGAUACAGCGAGUUCCUCAACUUACAGACGCGUUUAGAGGAGAAGCCUGACGUCAAGAAGUUAAUCAAGAGUGAGAAAUGAUGACCCUCUCCUUUAACAGACCAAUAAGUUUAGUGAUAAGUUUUAAUAAUAAAUAAUAAUAAGUUUUCCCUGAACAACUACUGAUAGAUACGAGGUAGCAAAGGCCUUUAUGCAUUAGCCUGGCUGGACCAUCCAGGCAAAUUUAGCAUUAAUGAAUCUGUGUUUUUGGUCCCAGGUGUCAAAGGUCCAAAGAAAAUGUUCCCUGACCUUCUGUUCGGAAAUGCAGACAGUGAAAGAGUUGAAGCCCGUAGAAGCCAACUGGAUUCGUUUCUUAAGGUAGGAGCAGUAAUUCAGUAAUCUAAUUGCUCCUGUGUGUCAGCAGUUUUAUUGUAUGUGUCUUGUUUGUUUUAGCAAUUGAGCAUCAUCCCUGAGACAUCCAACAGUGAUGACAUGCAGGAGUUCUUGGCUCUCAACUCAGACGUUUGCACGUAUUUUGAAAAGAAGCCUUUUGCCAAGUCAAGAUUCGAUAAGGUGAGAUAUCCCCAAAAUACUGCAGGUCUUUCUUAUACUCAGCGUGAUUGCAGGAAAUUGCUGACCUUUCUCCCUUUCUUUCUGAGAAUGGAAUCAACAAUACUUGAUGCUUUUUCUCUUGUUACUUUUUUAUUCAUUUCAAAUAUGGUACAAUCAGUUUUUUUCAGAUUUCUUUUGCCUUUCCAGAUGGUAGAAAAUGCAUUUGACACUCUGAAGACAGCGUUCCCUCAUCCUGAUCUCCUCAGUCCAACAGAGGAGCUGGAGGGAGAGGCAGAGGGACGAGCAAUGGACAGCAGGAAGUACAGGUGAGUGUUAUUUACAGUGGACACCACCAGAAUGACGCCAUUCAUUCUUUACAGACUUAUUUAUACAAACCUCGUAGUCAUACAGAGAAAACAUUAUCAAGGUAUUCAUUAGAAAUAAGGCAAAGAAAUAAUUUGAUUUUACUUUGUGUAGCACUAAAGUUUUCUCGUUUUUUAUCCACGUUCUCUGAUUUAUAGAGGUUCCCUGACCGGCAGGUGAGUGAACAUGUUUUUAUGUUUCACACACUAAGUUCAGUCAUACACAGCAGAAUCACUGAAAGUAUCAUUUCACGAGUGUGUUUUUUUAUGCCUUUUUCGUGUCAUGCAUCAGGAGACUUAUGUUCCCCAGCAAACUCUCCACAUCUCUCAACAUCCCCGAACUUCACCCUAAAGUGACGUACUGCUACAGUGAAGGCAGCGCCGUGAGUCACCUUCCUCCGCUUACGGUCUCUGAUUGAAAAACUGUGUUCCUGUAACAGAAAAUGAGCACAGGUUUUUUUCUUCUAUUUGUGGCUUUUUAGGUCCUCAAUGGUAUGUCGCUGUCAGGCCUGGAAAGCUUUGUCUGGGAGCAGGAAAGACUCCUGAGUGAGCCGAGUGAAAAAAAGGAUGCCAGGCAGAGCUGUGAGCGGCCCGGCAAAGACAAGAGGACUUCAGUGAAAACUCAUGGGACAGGUUAAGACUUCAACAACAGACUUGUUGACAGUUCUCACACUUUGGGUGUUUCAUUUGUUGCAGCCUUAUACAUUUUUUUAUUUUAUUUUAUUCAACCUUUAUUUAACCAGGUAAAAUCCCAUUAAGAUCAUGAUCUAAUUUACAAGUGUGACCCUUCCAAGAGGUCAGCAGCACACGUAGUAAUAAAUGCAAUAGAUACAUGAGAACCAACAACAAAUUCACGGUUAAAGUGCAACAAACAUUUUGGGACAAUUACAAUUUAAAAAACAGGCAUUUUUCAGAGUAUUCUCACUGCUUAGCGAAUAAAAUGGAAUGAAAGUCUUAAAAUGAAACCAGUUCUGUCAUUUUCAGCUCCGGUUGUAUAGUAUUCUAGGCCUGUGGGGGCAGCAUAACAAAAAAAUUUCCCCAAUUCAGUUCGGACUCUGGGCACAUUGAAAUAAUAAGUUGCACAUGACCUUUAAGCAUAGGCACUUCUUGUUUUACUGCAGAAGAGAACAGAGGUAAAUAAGCCUGCAGUAACACAAAGCGUCCACUAAGGUGCAGCAGAGAACUACUAAUAAAUCAGUAAACUGCUGAGUACUUUUCCAUCAGUUCUUACUUCUUCCCUCUACUAUGUCUGAUGAGUGUGUUGUUAAUAUUUUGUUAAAUGAUUUUAUUGUCAUUCUGCAGACACAGCUGUGGCAGAUGUUGCUCUGAACAUUUUGUGUCUGCUGAUGAAGGAUCAGUGGAGCUGGCUGUGCACAGAGAACAUACAGAAGACCAUCAGGCUGCUCUUUGGCACUUUCAUUGAGAGGUAUGACUUCUCACAACUCAUAACCCUACAUCAGUUAUCAUCACUGGAACUGAAUUUUUAAAUAAGUUCCCUGCUGUCGAUACUACUUGCAUGUAAAAUGGUAUUGUAUUUCCUCUGGACAGUUGGCCAUAGAUGCUGGAUCCUUUUCUGUGUAAGAGACAACACUAAAGGGUUUGUAGCUGCACAGAUAAGCUGCAUGAUAUCCUCAUAUAUCCUCUCUCAAACUGUUCUUUCCUCUCCUGAUUGCAAUGUUUUUGGCUACCCGGGAAUCAGGAAUUACCACUGGGAGUGUUUUUACCACACAGUCUGUGGGAACUGUGCUUUAACAAAUCUCCAGUGUCCUGCUGCCAUUUACCGAUCAUACUGACCUUUGUUUUUUAACACGACCCCAGCCUCUGGGGGUUGCAGGGUUCGCUGAGUAUGUCAGUAAACAAUAUUUCUGCUGUGGUCUAUGGAGAUUUGAGCAUGCUUUGUUUGUGCCGCUUCCUCUUGCCUUUCAUUCGCUCUGUCAUUCAAAGCAUAUUUCUGUGUAUCCUGUAGAAAAAGCAGACAUUAAAGUGAAAGGGACACUGUUUUAUUGUUUAAUUCUAUCUUAGAUGGUUGGAUGUAGGAGUUGCCCACCUUACCAGCGCCCCCUGCUGGGUGAUUUACCUCCAAGUGCUGCAGGAAGCUGUAUGGCCUGGUGGCACACUACCUGCUCAACCACGACCAGAGCGCAGCGCUGCGGAAAGAGAGGAGACAAAAGAGCAAUGUUUGGACUGUCUGGUGCAGCUGCUACCAGGUAUGAAGCAGCUUCAAGAUUCAGACUGCGACUGUUUGAUUGUCAAUUACACACAAGCCCUCUGUGAUUUGUCUCACUGUUGAAACAGAGCUGAUCACUGACUUGUUGGGAAGUGAGAAGUACAGACUCACCCUGGAGACAAUGCUUGAGUCCUUACAAGACCAUCAGAUAAACAAGUGAGUUUAACAUUGGUACACUCAAGAGCUUUUUAAAUAUACAAGCAGUAUAGAAGGAACAACAUUUGUACCAAAGAAAGUCUGUAAAAACUCAUUCACAUCUUCUUAAUCUCAUCAGCCAAAUUUAGUUUAAUGCAGCCACAACAUAAAUAAGAAGUAAAAGUGAUUGCCACUCUGAAGAAGAAAACCGUUAUGCAUUCCAUGUAGGGUAUUGUUGAAGACGAGAAUUAUAUAGUUGGUGUGUUUGACGUUAUAAUGUCUUCUCGAGCAUCUGCCAACAGCUGGUUGGUUAAAUUUAGCCUCUCUGUAACACUGUUUGUGCAAUCACUUACAGACAUCUGAUCUACUGCAUCUGUGACCUGCUGCUGGAGGUCCUGAUCCCAGAGUCACGUGACGAGAGCUUCCAGAGGUCACUGCUGCAGAGUCUGUCCAAAGAUGCAGAGAGAGAAAACUCACAUGUAUGA